AUGGAGGACACCGGUAGAAUCAACGUAACCAUGACAGCAGGAGAAUACGAGAUGUUGUCGAACGAGUCCAUCACUUGUUUCUAUGAUUUCAAGACAGUCUUCCUGCGCCACUUCGCCAGUAGCAGGAAGUACCAAAAGACAGAUCACUAUCUCUUCGCGCUCAAGCAAGGGUCAGCUGAGCCCUUACGAAGUUAUAUUAAGCAUUUCAACCAAGUAGCUCAGGACGUUCUAUCAGCCACCUUCGAAAUAUUGAUGAGCGCUUUCUCUCAUGGAUUGGUAGAGAGAGAGUUCUUCCGGAACCUCAUUCGAGAUCCUGUAAAGAACUUCGACGAGAUGCUGGGAAAGGCUGCCAGCUACAUCAAUGUGAAGGAGGCUCAAACUGCUCGACGGAAAGCAGACAAGGUGUCUACUUCCGCCAACAAACUAGAAAAGAAGCCACCAUAG